CCACUGCAUUAUAAGAGAGAUUCGUGUGGAAGAGCAUCUACCAUGAAGAUACGUAAGUACUUUACUCACCUGGCAGUCAACCCUCCCUUCAAACCCUCCCUUGAAACCCUCCAUCCCACUGGACCCUCAACACCUGAACCCCCUUCCUUCUCCCCACCAACUACCAUCCCACUAAUAUCCCUCGAACCUGAACAAGAAACCCUCCUCCCAGCCCUCGCCCUAGCAGCCACCACACAAGCCGCACCCCGCUCCCCCCCCAGACCACCCCCCAAUCUCUGUGACAACGCGCUACAUCCUCUUCGGCAAGAUCCUGACGACAGACACCUGCGUCAGUCUGACCCCGGACGGCGUCAAGGCGUACUGCGGCUACCUGCGUGCCAUCCACAACUGCCCCUGCUCCGACCUUAACCCCGAGGGCAAUAUCGUGGUGGACUGCUCCAUGACGCUGAAUGUGCUCGGGGCGUGCAAGGGGAUCUUCGUCUCGGAUCAGGACGCGUGCUCGAAUGAUGGGGGGGUGUUUCGGUCGACGCUUUAGGUCCCUCUUGGGUUUUUUUGCUUUUGGUAGAUGGUGUAGAAUUGGUGGUGUUAGUGGGUAUCUCGUUGAAUAGAGGGGAAGUGGAGAAGCUGUUGUGUUAUUUGUUAGAUCUUGCACAAAUCCAGUUAUACCGGUAUAAUGUAUGCAUAGCCAGUGCUUACCAAAUCCUCAGUUGUAUGCAGACGAAAUGCGGGGUAAAGCAC